AUGCAGAGUAAAGUCACUACCAUCAAAAUAGAUCAACUGCUUGAGUCAACCUGGAUAAAACCCUCAAGUCAGUCACUUAAUAAUAUAGAGGCUUCUGUUUCUAUAAUUCAAGAUACACAUGAUGUUUUGAAACAUGCUCAGUCUCUGGAAGUAAAUGUGGAACAUCAAGAAAAUUCUCAAGAUCAUACUACAUGUAGUGACUCAAAAACUUUUCAAAAUACAAUUGGCUUAAAUGGAAAUGUAGUUAUUACUCAGCACCAGGACUUACAAAAUAAUAUAAGUCAAUAUAAUAAAAUUUCAAAGUUUUCAAAAUUUAUUAAAAAUCAGAAUUUUUAUACUAAAGAUAAAUGUUAUAAUUGUAAACAAUGUAGCAAAACCUAUAUAUGCUCUUCUAUAUUUAUUACGCAUCAGAAAAUUCAUAGUAGUCAGAGAACUUACAAUUGUAAACAAUGUAAAAAAACACUUAAGAAGUCAGAUCUUAUACAACAUCAUAGAAUACAUACUGAGAGAAAAUGUCACACAUAUAGGGAGUGUGGAAAAGCUUUUACUAAUUCUUCAAGCCUCAUGAAACAUCAUAGAAUUAAUACUGCGGAGAAACCUUACACUUGUGAAGAAUGUGGAAAAACCUUUAUUCAUUCUUCAAGCCUCAUUCGACAUCAUAGAAUUCAUACUGGGGAAAAACUUUACACCUGUGAAGCAUGUGGAAAAGCCUUUACUCAGUCCUCAAGCCUCAUUCAACAUCAUAGAAUUCAUACUGGGGAGAAACCUUACACCUGUGAAGAAUGUGGAAAAGCCUUUACUCAGUCCUCAAGCCUCAUUCAACAUCAAAGAAUUCAUACUGGGGAGAAACCUUACACUUGUGAAGAAUGUGGAAAAGCCUUUACUCAGUCCUCAAACCUCAUGGAACAUCAUAGAAUUCAUACUGGGGAGAAACUUUAA